AUGUUUGAAGUUAUAAUAAAUCAUUUUAUGUUAAAUUUCAAAAGAAAUUAUCGUCAUUAUUCGAGAAAAAAAAAUAUAAACAGUAUAAAUAGGAAAAUAAACGAUCCAUAUAGUGAUCUGUACAAAAUGAAUUUUUAUGGCAAUAACUUUAAAAGACUGCCAAAUAAAAAAACCAAAUCAAAAGAAUAUGAAAUAAUUAGAACGUCAAGUAAUACCUUUACCUAUUCUUCCCCAUAUCCCCCCAAUAUUAAUUAUACCUUGAAACCAUUUCCCGAUUCAGCUAAAAAUUUUUAUUAUGAAAAUAGACCUUACUUAAUGAAAUACAAAAACGUCCAAUACAUUCCAAUUAAAAGGAUGGCAUAUAAAAAUGCAUCUAAAAAAACAAACUGGGAAACAUAUUAUAUGAGGAUAGAAAAAUAA